ACUGGCCCAAUGCUCAAACCACUUGGCUACCUGCCGCCCCUGAUUAUGUUAAUUAGCCUGCCUCAUCUCUUGUGUUUACUUUCUCAUGUUUGCCUAUUUGUCUAUGUGGUGCGCAUCAGGGCAUAGUUUUAUGUACUACAAGAUUAUUAGAUGAUACCGCAUGUUUUCUCUCCGCUGUGUAAUCAUGACUGUUCAGCACAGUCUAAAACCUGUGGUUCCACCAGUCAUAACUGAAAACCAUCUCUGACACUGCUGUGUGAAUGUUCUUGUUGUGGAUGGGAACACAGCAAACGUUGAAAACUGUGUGGACCAUCCCAGCACUGUAAUGUCCACGUCUUUGUUCGUCGUUGAUUGACCAAAUAUCACGAUCAAUUAGAAGAAAUGUAUGUGUAUAUCAUGUGAAAUGUGUCUGCGACUCUCGCUUGACUGUGAUCCUGAUACCAGUGUUGGCCUGAGGCAUGGUAGGUACUGUUAUAGUCAGAUGAACUAUAUGUGGAGGAGUCUCUCCUGUCCCUCCAUUUCCCUUACUAACUUGUGUUGCCUACUAUUUUCAGGUAUCCAGUUUCGCCUCCCUUCUUCCUGCAGUGUGGACCGAGCCAAUCCACCUCCAGCGGUGACACACACGCCUAGCUAUAAGGCAAAGACGCCCCCGCCGGUGCCACCUCGCGCCACCUCCAAGCCCCUCAUCUCGGUGACAGCCCAGAGCAGCACAGAUUCCACCCAGGAUGCCUACCACGAGGGAAGGCACCCGCGGGGGAGUAUCCUGUGGGCGCCGGACGGUCUGGGCGGCUCGGGUCGAAACCUCUACAACUCCACCGACAGCCUGGACAGUGCCAAGGCGGUGACGUUGGCCAUGGAGACGGCGGCGGGCAAGCGGCACGCCUCCAUGGGCAGCCACAGCUCUGUGCAGACGUGUGACAAGGCAGUGCUCGUGUCCAAGGCUGAGGAAUACCUCAAAACACCACGCUCUUCCAUAGGGAUUCAGGUGGAGACGGCGACAGACUCCGAGUCGGAGAGCAAAGGGCUUCCUCAGUACCAUUCUGUGGGCACCCAGGUGGAGGAUGACAAAGGGUACGCAUGCAGGAAAUGGAAACAGAAAAUACAACCGUUGCAGUUUGCCCUCUGA